GUCCGGAUGCAUAACCAGGGAGUCGAUUACUGCGAAUCCAAUGACCCGCCCUGGCUUGGCGCAUCAGGGAAUCCUGGGAUUCUGAUUUUAGCCGCUCCAGCCGGGUUAGCUACUUCCAAACCGGCAAACGCUCACCCCCGUGAAUCCGUUACUCUUUUUCAUCUCUUCAUUCGUCCGUUUACAUUUGCCUCAAGCUACGGUUGUUACGGCUUUAUGGCUGAGCGACCAGAAAGUCGUGGCCUAUUUACCACAUUUCAAUAG